GCUACAAAGCGACUGCUUGCACCAAAACCCUAAAAGUAAUAGCGGCGACCUCAAGCUUUUUUUCUAGGUCAAUCUCGCAGCUCUCUUCUUCUCCAAAGUCUCGUAACCAUGGGACGGAAAGGAACCAGCAAAGAUCUUCUUGAAUUGGAACACAAGAAUCCAUCUUCUUCUUCCUCCUCUGCUAUCGGUUCAGCACUUUUGAUAUCUAAGAAGCACAAGAAGAGGGAGAAGGAGGCUCCUCCUCCAUCGAAGCCAACGAUAGCUCCAGUUCCCAAAAGCGAGUUUCUCGACAAACUCAAAGGCUUUCUUGGAGUCAUGGCGGAGGCCAACAAGAAACUUGAGCAAGAAGCAGAGGAAGGAAACUCCGAAGCUUUUGAUCUCGAAGCACUUACUGGAGACGAGUCUCAAGUUAUUGAGAUGGAUUUGAUGCUCGGUGUUGCUGAUCUCAACACGCCUGAAGCUGUCAGAGCUGCUGAAGCAGCUAUUGCCGGUAAUGGUUUGGUUAAUGGAAGCAGCGAUGAUGAGAGUGAUGGCGACGAUGAUGAGAGUGAUAGCGACGAUGAAGAUGAUGAUGACAAGAAGAGCUCUAAAGGUGAAGAAAGUAGUGGAAAACGAGCCAAGAUCGUUGAGCUCUCUUAAAAUUAUGUUUUUGAUCUUCUCUCAAGUUCAAUACUUUAAUUUAUAUAAAACAUUGCAUAAUCAUAUUCCAUCA